UAGAGUCAGUAUCUCGUCUGUUGUGGUCGGGGAAGGGUGUAUUGUGUUAUUCUCUGGUCUUUUCCCAUGGAAGAUAUCCAGUCAUGGUGGGAGUUACCGAGUAUUGCCCAUUUUUGCUCACUCUUCAGGGCUGCGUUCGAUCUUCUUGACUUUGACAUCGAGGAACUUGAGGAGGCUCUGCUGACUGAUGGCCUGGAAGACACUGGGAGCCCACUCUUGGUGGAGCUGACAGUACGCUUGGUGCAGGGCUGCCUCCCAGGCAAGGCUGUUAAUGCCACAAACUACCAGAGCUACCUGAGAAAGCUUUUCAAACACAAAUGUCAGGAGGAUCCUACUCGAGAAAAUUUGUUUGUGGAGGGAGACAUGCGAUGGCUGCCCCUCCGGAGAAAAGUGGAGAUCCUUCAUGCCCUUUGUGACUUUAGAUUAGAAGCUGAAGAUGUUCUUGAUCUCUUAAAAAACUUAGAAUCCGAUAGUUUAAGAGUGGAGCCCCUUGGGUAUGAUGACAGUGGCUCUACUUAUUGGUAUUUUUACGGCACCCGCCUGUAUAGGGAAGACCACUCCCUAUACCAUCCACACAGACGAAAACCAAAGGACAAAGACAAAGAAGAUAAAAGAAAAAAGAAACGUAAGAAAAAAGGUCAUAAAAAUGAAGAAAGUGAAGAGGAGACCGACUUACUUAAGGCUGUGUGGCAGGUCCAGUGUUUCUCAGAGGAGGAUUGGAACUCGCUGGCAGAGAAGUUUGAGGAAUGCUCCUCCAAGCUUGAACGUAGCUUGUUGCAGACUCUUCGGGAGGACUUCUUGCCCGAAAUUCCUAGACUUUUUCAAGAAAAAGAGAAAAUUCAGAGGAAACGCAUGAUGGAAUUUGCCCCAAGAAGAUCUUCAGGUCGUGUUCAGAAGUUGAGAGAAAAGAAAGAAGAAGAAGAGAAGAAGAUGGCAAUUGAAAUUGUAGAGCAAGAAAAAAGGAGGCAAGUUGAAGAAGAGAAGAAAAAGAAGAAGAAAGAGGAAGAAUCCGUAUCUACAGAAAAGGUUGAGAGGAAAGCCAUACGAGAGGUUCUAAAGGAAGAAGUGAUACAAGAGAAAGCCUCACCACCAAAGCUAAACAAAUUACCUCGGGAAAGGAAAAAGAGUGAAGGUCAGGACCUUAAGAUUCGGGACAAACUUGAGUGUUCGUUGGACCUGUAUGAAAUUAAUGAUGCAUCAGAUCACAAUGAGAUUUGGGAGGAGCCAGUGAAAAAGUUAAAGGGUGGACGUCCAAGGAAAAACAGCACUGAUGAUCCAGAAGAGAAGGCUAAAGUUAGUAGAGGAAGGAAACCAGGACGAGGCAGAAAACCUGGAAGUCCGAGGAAAUCUGUCUCACAAAAGUUGGUCACUAAAGAGGAAUUUACUGAUGAAGAGACUGAAAAGGAGACUUCAAAACCUCAGGUGUACAGUGGACGCAAAACUAACAACUCCUUAUCAUCAGUAGCAUUUUCUCUGAAUAAUGCAGCUGUGGUGCCUGAACCAGCAGUCACCAAUGUCAAUUCUGUUACCUCUCCACCUACUAAGAAAAAGGUCAAGAGUGCCCACAUGGUCUUGCAAACAGAAGACGACCUUAGGACAGGGAUGUACAAAGUUCUUGAGCAUCUGCGGGACCAUGAGGACGCCUGGCCCUUCCAUGACCCAGUGGAAGAAGAGUAUGCCCCCAACUACUAUGCAGUCAUCCGCAGACCAAUGCACAUCUCCCGGAUGGAGGAGCGUCUGGAUGCAGGUUAUUACUCUAACCUGGCCAUGUUUGAGGGAGACUUUAAGCUUAUGAUGGAUAAUUGUAAGCUUUAUAAUGGGCCAGAGAGUGAAUACACACACAUGGCUUACACUCUAGAGAAAGUGUUUGCAAAACUCAAGGCAAAGUACCUUGAGGCAGACCUCUCUUCUGAUGAGGAAAUGUACAUAGAUAUGAGUUACCAGCAAUCAGCAAAGAGAAAGAAUAAGAGGAGAAGUAAUAGUGAUGAAAAAGAAAAUACACGAAUAGAUAGUGGAAAAAUUUUAGCAAAGAAGAGAGGACGCAAGAAGAAGAAAGUAGGAAGAAAGCCAAAAGAGAAACAUAAAGAGGAUGGGAACAUUACACCUGAAAAAGACAAAGAGUGGAAGAAAAACAAGUUUAAUAAAGAAAAAGACAGAGAGAAGACAAAGAACAAAGACAAACCAAAGAUUGAUGGACCUGUAUUUGGUGAGGAUAAUGAUGAAAUGGCAAGAGAAGAUGAUGACGAUGAUGAUGAUGAAGAUGAUUUUCCAGAACCUCCAUUGUUAGUAAGAGAAGAUCCCUAUCCUGAGGAGGAUGAAGAGGAGAUGGAUGGAGUGGAAGAAACACAUGAACCUUCCUCUUUUAUUGAUGAGUCUCAUGGUGAGGAGGAGGAAGAAGAUGAGGUGCAGGUGGCAACAACUUUAGUGGAGAAGGAAGAGAAAAAAGUGCCAAAGAACAAAACUGGAAGAAAUAGGAAAGAAGAAAACAUUAAGAAGCCUUUGUUGAGUGACCAUGCUGAUGAUGAUGAUGAUGAUGAUGAUGACAUGGAACCAGAUGUAUGCAUGUACUAUAACAACAAUGACUACCACAGUGAUGAUGAUGAUGAUGCUAAUGAUGCAAGGGAGGUGGAAAUGGAGUGCAGGGAAGAGGAAGGGAAGGAAGAGGAAGAGGAGGAGGAAGAGGAGGAGGAGGAGGAGGAAGAGGAGGAAGAAGAGGAGGAGGAGAGGACUACUGACUAUUUGAGUGAGAGGCAUAGUGAACUCUUUGGGGAAAUUGAUGAUAUUGAUGAUGAUGAGGAAGAAGGGGAAGGGAAGGCAGUGACAAUAGCAGUAGAUGGUGAUGAUGAGAAGGUGAAACACAGUCACUUGGGAAAAUCUAGCCGGAAAAAGAAUGGAGGAAGUAGUGGAAAAGAGAAGGACAAGAAAAAACACAAGCAUGGUGAAAAGCACGACAAGCACCAUCAUCAUCAUCACCAUCAUCAUCAUCACCAUCACCAUCACCAUAAGAACAAAAACAAGGAUGGAAAACACCAUAAAAAGAAGAAUAAGCAUGCUGCUGAGAAAGACUCCAAAAAGAUAUUGAAAGUUGAAGAUGUUUAUGACUACUCUGAAGAAGAGGACCCUGGGGAGAAGGCUGUAGAGGAGGAAGCACCAGUUCCUCCCAUUACUAAGGUGAAGGAAGAAGCAGCAGUAAAGAAGAAGAAGAAGAUAAAGCAUCGUGGAAAGCAUGAGAAACAUGGAAAACACCAUGACAAGCAGGAACGACGCAAAGAGGGAAAAGUUAAGGAAGGAAAGAAAGAAGGAAAGAAGAAAAACAGCAAAAAGAAGAAGAUUCCAGCAAAGAACAUGGCAGCAAUUGAUGCUCUUUCUGCAGCAACUGAGCAGACUCUGAAGGACAUAACAACAAUGCUUGAUGAGUCUAAUGUUCCUCGCAUCAGUGAAUAUUCCUCUGCCAGUAACUCUCCCUCCCGCAAGGUCACUGCUGAGGAAUUUGAGGCUAUUGCUUAUAAAAUUGAGGCUGAGUAUAGAAGAAAACUGAUGAUGGAUGAACCAAAGGAUAAAGACAAGAAAGCUCAUAAAAAGAAGAAAAGAAAAAAUAGUGAUGGAGAAGGUGAAGAACCAAAGAAGAAGAAAAUAAAGAAGGAAAAGAAAACUGAAAAUGACAAGGACAAUUUAGAUAACACUAAGGAACUGUUCAAAGACAUAAAGGAUGGAAGAAUAAAACCAGGAGCCAUAAUCAAGUCCAAGGACAGCAAAAAAGAAGGUGUUGUUAAAAAGGAAACAAAAACAUCUACAGAAGGAAAGCCUAAGACAAAAAGUAAUCCUUUUGGAAAGAUUAAUAAGCAAGAAGACUCAAAAUUAACCACACUCAUAGCAAAAGCCAAAGAAUCACGUAUAGGCCUUGUUCCCAACAGUGAAGUGGGAGACAGUCCUAAACUCAGCUUAGGCAGCAUUAUUCGCUCAGGGGAUAUUGGCACAGGUAUGAAAUCAACCCACGAAGCCAACAGUACAGAUGAUGAGGAGAAAUGGGAACCAAAGGAAAAAUGGGACAGCCCUUUUGAGAACAGAUGGGAGAAAGUGCCUGAGAAAGAAGAAGCUCCAUCUGUAAGAGAAGAAGAUGAGAAGGAUGAAAUUCCUGAGGUGGAGGAUUUUAGUGAAAGAAUAUGUGAAGAACCUCCCCCAACUCCUCGGGCACCAGAGAUAAAACAGGAAAGAGCGACUCCCAACUUAAGUGCCUGGUUCAAAGCUUUUGGCACUCCAAAGCUGUCAUCUGCUGGGCCCAAAAAGAUGCCAGAUGACUUAAUGGGUAGUCCUAAAGAAAUGGAAGACUCAGAAAUCAUCAAUGUAGAGGAUGAGGGAGAUGUGGAUGUUGGUGAGCCAUGUCCUUUGGAUGAACCUCCACCUUCACUUCUGCCACCAGGUAGUCCAGAACCUCCAGUAUCUCCAGAACCACCAAUCUCUCCAGAGAAACCACCAGAAACACCAUGGUAUGAGAAAUUAGAUGAAAAGCUGGAAGAUGAACCAAUUUGGAAGAAAAUGAAGAUGAGAGACCAAGGAUACACGGUUGUGGACUGCAGGAUGCCUGAUGAGGAAGAUGACCCUUACAAGUUUGAAGAAGAAGAGUUAGAUCGUGCACGGGAGGAAGCAAAGAAGCUAGAAGUGGAGCGCCAACGAAAAGCAUCUGUGUCAUCAUCUGGUGUCUCUGAUCGCUCACCACUCAACCAUAGCUUUGACUCUGACCGCUCUCCUGCAGCUUUCUCAUCUGAAGGGGAGCGAUCACCCAUGACUAGAUCUCCUCAUACACCUGGGUUUGGCUCAAAACAGUUCUCACCAGUCCCAGAAAAGUCACCAAGUGUUCCAGCUUAUUCUCCUAGAUAUGAAAAUGCUCUGUCAAAAACAUUUCCAUCAUAUGAUCCAGAUAAAUCUAAAUAUCAAGCUAAUGGGGCAAUAAAAGUAGGUUUCUAUCAAGAUAUGACUGACAAACCCAAUACAGACAAACCUGAGAAAAAGAGUGCAGAUCAGAAACCUGCAGAAUCGCCUGUUUAUAGUCCUACUGUGCCAUAUAUGAGUUCCUUUUACUCAAAUAAAGCUGAAGCUAACAAGAAGCAAAAGUCUCCAGCUGGUUAUGCUAGUUUCUACAGCUCAGAUUCCAAUCUUGAUAAAGCUAAGACUCCCAAUUACUAUUCAGCAUCUGCUCCAGCUACCCCAACAGACAAACCGUCCCCUGCUGCUGCAAUGGCAGCUGAAGCUGCAGAGAAACCAAAGCCACAGUAUGGUUACUAUUCUUAUGAUACUAAUAAACCUCUUACUGAUCAGUAUAAGAACACAGGCUCAGUGCCACCACCACAGUCUGCAAAAAAAACACCUGGAUAUUACAAUGCUCAUGAUGGUCCUAAGAAACAGCCAACAUCUUUAUCACCAGCUCCUCAGUCUGGCCCUCUCUCCACUGAAUUAGCAUCACCAGGUCAAGUUGCUUUGCCAAUAGCAAGUCCAGUUUUACCCAGUAAAUCUGAAAUGCAGCCUUUAAAGAAGAGAGCAGCUAUAGACCGUGGUGGUCAAGAUUACACCUCCACUACACCAGUGGCAGCAAGACCUGAAGUUUCUGUUGGUGGACUUACACCACCUUGGACAGAACCAAAAUCUGUAGAGGACACCACAACACCUCCCAGUGUUGCAGUUCCCUUUUCACCUCAUACUUCAGCUUUACCUGCCAAUUUAGCAAAUUUGUCUCAGAUAGUUUCCCGCAUCACAGAACCAGAAUCCAACAGACCUAUUGAGAAGGAGUCUGCCAAGACUCCUGAAUCUCAGCAGCCUCCUCCUACUUACCAAACUCCAGACCCUGCCAUUGGAAAGGGUUUGUCAUCUCCUAUGUACAGUGUAUCUGGAGGACAGACUCCCACACAGAGUCAAGCUUUAGAAUUAGAUCGUAGUGGAAUAAGUUCUGUAAAUGAUUUGAGUGAAUUGCACUCGCCAAGCUUAUCAGUUCCUGGACGAGUGCCACCGGCAGACCUUGCCCACCAACUGGAAGCAGAUCAACAGCCAAAUUAUCAUCAACAAAUUACCAGUCCCCACAUGCAAACACAGCCAGGCUUGGCAUCACCCCAACAAUUGUCCAAAGGCCCACAAACACCCCAGUCACAAUUGCACAGUGGCCCACCACCUCCAGCUGCUCAUCAGAAACCCACUGAAGUUACUCGCCCAGCCAGUCGUGACCUUCCCCCUGCUCAUGUCACUGAUAAAUCUCACAUGUACCUGUCACAAAAAAGCAUAUGGAGCACUUCCUUAGCAACAAGUUUAGCUUCAAGUCUAGCCUCCAGUUUACCAUCUAAUAUUGUCACUAGUUUAUCAACAAGUUUAGGUACAAGUUUAGCAACCACUUCUGUGAUUGCUUCCUUGCAGAAGAUGGGAUCCUUACCAACUGAACGCUUAACGCCUCUUGAUCGUGCAGCUUUUGCCUCUCUUGCAAGUCGGACAGGACAGGCAAAUCUCUUUUCUCAUGAAUUAUUACCAAGAGGGUCAGUUAGUGCAGGACAGACUCAGGUGGGGACUGGUCCAAGCAGUGGAGGUUCUUCAGGAGGGAGCAGUUCAACUGCUACUGCAGCAUCAGCAAGCAGAUCUGCUUCUAGUAGUACAGCAGGAGGAUCAGCAUCUGCAUCUAGUAAUAGUGUAGAAUUGGGUAUUGGACGUUCAUAUGCAAAUAUGAUGACUGGUCAGUCUUCCCCUUUGUUUGGCCGAGCAGAAGGAGCUAUCACUCCUGGGCCUCUACCAAGGCCAAUAUCUGGUUCUCCUUCCCCAUUCCUAUCACAGUCACCAGGAUUGAGUGCUGCGUUGGGUCUGCCUGGUGCACCACGCACUCCUACCCCAGCUCACCAGCAGUCUCAUCAGAGUUUGUCUGGAUUAAGUCAAGGUACUUUUCCAUCUUUGUCCCGUGAUCCAAGAGAUCCCAUUUCCCAGUCUCAUCCAUCUCUUCAGAUUCCAAGUCUCAACUCAAUAUCUUCCAGCCAAGCUCAGACUCUUGGCCAUCUCAAUCCUGCCAGUCUUGCAUCUUACUCCAGUCGAGAUUCAUUGGCACCGAUGAUCCAAGGGAGUCGUGGUCUUGUAGACCCCACAUCCCAAUUUUACCAGCAGUUCUUUCAACAGCGGCAGGCUCAAGAGGAGCUUUUGCUGAGAACUGCUGGAGCCCAUCCCUCUCAACUAGCUGCCCACCAGUCCAUGAUGUUCCAGCAGGGACUCAUGAGUGCAGCCAGUUUGUCCUCAGGCUACCCUCCCUCCCUUGGCCUCAGGCCAGGGUCUUACCAAGGAAUGAAUAGACCAUGGCUCUGAAGGCAUGAUCCCACCUCAAAGCUGAAGAUCCACCAUGGCUAUAAGAAUGCAGGUCUUGUUAUUUUUAUGUAGUUUUAGUUUACAUUUUUAUGGGUUACCUGUUGUCUUAAUAUUCCUUAAAGGUGGUGUCUAUUACUAACUUUAAUGCUGUCAUUGUCACAUUGCAAUAGGCUUUAUGUGCAAUAUUUUAGCAGCAAUUGUAAAAAUUUCUAGUUUUAUAUUUCAAGUGACAUGCUAAGUAAUCUCUAUGUUGAAUAUAAAGUAAUUUCUGAUGUCAUGUAAAAAAAAAAUGAUCAUGAAGCCCAUUUUUAACAACUAACAACAUCAGUAGAUGGAUUAGAUUACUAAAGGACAUAAUGGAAAGGAAGUAAAAGUUCAAACUUUGCUGGUCAUUCUGAUGAUACUGAUUUUUUAAAGUUGAGCGCAAAGUGUUUAAAAAAAUAUGCAACCUGAGACUGGGAAGAAAAGUAACUUACCUUUUUUUGGAUUCCAGCUCUUAUUUCCUUCAAAGUGAGGCUUUUGUUAUUCCAUAUAUGUUCUUCUAUUGCUGGAAUUACUUUUAUAAGUUAGAAUGGCUGCCAACUGCACCAUCAGUUUCUUUACGAUGCCCUAUCAGGUCUCAAAUCAGGAUCCUUUUAUCAGUAUCUUCAGCUAAGAGCUAUGUUUGGAGAGUAGAGAAUUCUUGGAGAGUAGAGAAUUCUGUGCCUGGCCAAGAAAUCUUGAAUCAGAUGUAAAGGUUGCUGGGAAAUUGUACCCUGUGGUACAUAUUCAUGAUGCACAACACUCACAUCACUGACUUUGCUCCUCACCCAUUUUACUUUCUUUGACCUUGAACAUUGAAAGCUUCAUAGGGGUGACUGAACCAUUGUAUCUGGAUCCUACUGUUACACUCAAGAUUCAUUACUAGUGAUUAUGGUCUUCAGAGGAUCAGGAUCACAAUUGUUAUACUCCAGCAUAUCAUGGCUGAUGUCAUGACACAACCGUAAAUUAUCUCGCAACAGAAUUUGGGAUACAAAUUUCAUGACCACUCACUGCUUGUGUAAAUCCAUGAAAAAGGUGUGUUGAACCAGUGCUAAUUCCAGUAUCAUUAACAAUUUCUUCAAUAGUUGUGGCAUUCUAUGGUCAAAAUAUACAUUUGGUCGAUGACAUAAAGGUUAAUAGCAUUCUUAAAUGUGGAUCACUGUCAGCUGAAAUUCAGCCAUUUUGAACCCAUUCUUUCAAUUUUUGCAACCUACAUAGCAAGAAUGUCUGCCAAAUCAUAUAAAUUGCUUGUGCUUGAGUAUCAGCAAGCUCUUGGUAAAAUUUAAUGCAAUAAUGCUGCUCAGCACAUUCCAACGUCAUGUUCAAACUUGAAAUUUUAUAAGCGCAUGGAGCACAUCCAAACAGUGGCUAUUUGCCAGCAUAAACAGUGGCUAUUUGCCAACAUAUUAAUCAAGUGGUGAAAAUCAUGGAUUCACAAUAAUGUCCAUUAGCAUAUUUUUUGCUACUCUUGCUUCUUCAUUUCAAUGAAGUUUAGGGAAAAAGUUUGAUAUUUUUUUAAGACUUUACUUGAGUCAGCAGUAUUGAAAUGUUUUCACCAGAUGUUAAUGAAACUGACUUAAAAAGAAAUGCAACCAAGAAAAAAAAAAUGUUAAAUUUUUUUAAUGUCUUGUGCAUUGUGGAUGAGGCCAUUACAAAGCUGCCACUUGGAUAGUCGGCAUAUACAGUAUCUGCAAAAAGAAGUAUUAGAAAAAAUAUUUGAUAGUGAGGUCAUUGGACUUGCAGUAUCCUUUUCCUUAGGAAAAGUGCUUCAUAAUCAUCAGUAAAUACAGUAUAUGAUAUCUUGUCCAGUCUUCUUUGGCUUUGAUGACUAUCUUGAACCUUAUUGGUGUGGAGUCAAACAAGGCACAUAGAGUAAUAUAAGUUCAUGUUCACAAGCAUUGAGUCUAGUUUGUGACCCUCCACAGACAAGAUAUAAGCAUUUAAUAGGUUCAAAUUCAUGGUUAAUUUUUUUUUUUUUUUUUUUUUAGCAUUGAUAUACAAGGUGGGUGACAUUCAGAAAAGUCAAGUUUGCUCUGCAAAAGUUGUUAAUUUCUGUUGUGGAACUCAAUUCAUUUCAGCAAAAGCCCCAAAGUUCAGUUUGGCUAAAGUUCACUUCAGUUUCAAUACUUAUUGUAUUAAAAUGCCUGUAAGACUACUAGUUUUCUUUGUUCAGAGGCAGGCUUCUGUUAGGAACAGCAUUGUGGAAUUCCAAUAGCUCCUGCCACCAAGUUUAUUUCUGAACCCAUGCAAAAAUACAAUCCUUUUCCUUGUAAGAAUGGUUAAAAGACACCAUUGGAAUAUAUAUAUAUAUAUAUAUAUAUAUAUAUAUAUAUAUAUAUAUAUAUAUAUAUAUAUAUAUAUAUAUAUAUAUAUAUAUAUAUAUAUAUAUAUAUAUAUAUAUAUAUAUAUAUAUAUAUAUAUAUAUAUAUAUAUAUACACACACACACACACACACACACACACACACACACACACAGCAAAAGAAAGAGCAUUCAGUCAAUGGCAUUAACAUAAAUCUGAAGAUCAAAUAGAAAGCUGGCAAGUAUAAAGUCCAUUAAGUCCACCAGAUGCAAACUGAGCAGGAGUAAGAUAUUGAAAAGGCCAGGGUACUAUUGCCAUGUAUUGAAAUAGGGUUGCAUACUUUGAUAUUGGAUAUUAUUAUUAUUAUUAUUAUUAUUAUUAUUAUUAUUAUUGUUGUUGUUGUUGUUGUUGUUGUCUGAGCAAACCUGUGUGGGAUUGCCAGCCUUGUAUAUAGAUGGAUAAUUAUUAUUAUUAUUAUUAUUAUUAUUAUUAUUAUUAUUAUUAUUAUUAUUAUAAUUAAUCAAUUUAUUUAUUUUUAUUUAUUCUAUUUUAUUUUUCCCUCUGAGGAAUGUAACGGGACAGGAGGUAAGACAUUUUGCAGGUACUGUAUGUUAACUUUACUUUGUAAUUUUUACUUGAGUUAUAUACAAAUAUCUUUAGACUCGGUGUUUUCACUAAAAGGAUAAAGAACUGGCAUAUCCUUGCUAUCAACAACUGUAAACUAGAAUGACUAGAAAGUCAAUGGUUAUGAUUUCCAGGGCAAGCCUAUACUUUUCAUCUCAGUUUUAGAUACUGUGUAUCCACAAAAUUUGUUGGUAACUAUUAUAUAAAUCUAUUGCAGUGAGAUUAUCCUUCAUUGAAACAUGAAACUUUUAAUUCUGAUUACAUAAUUGUUAAAACCAUAAGGAAAGCUUAGCUGAAAUUUCUCCAUAUGGCAUCAUUGAAUCACCAGUGCAUUUGGGCACAAAUUAAUUUUCAGUAAUUCCCUUUCAUUUUGGGAUUUUAAUGUUUUUUUUUUACAUAGAGAGUUUCCCCUCAGGUGUCACCUCAUGUUUGGGAAAGGAUUACACAGUUGUUUUGUUAUAUAAAAUUGUUGAGAAUAAUAGCUAAUCAUUCUUCUUCACUUGGUAGCUGCAGAAUGGGAAUAGAUGUGGACUUGUAAAUUGAAAGCCCAAAUAGCGAUAAGAACUCGUUUUAUCGAAAAUCUGAAAAUUGGUAGGAGUUAAAGAUCAGGAAGAAGAUAAGAAGACAUUACUGGAAAGAUUGGGAAAUGUGUGGCAUAAAGAAGGUAGGUGAUGGAGGGAAAAGAAUAGCCAGUCAAUGGUGGAAUGAUGAAACAAAGCAAGUAGCUGAAAAAAAAAAAGGCAUUAAUUCUCUGUAGAAGAGAAAUUUCCAGCCAUGGGAAGAGUACUGGAUAUAGCUUUAUUAAGGAACUAGUGAGAGAUGGCGAGAGAACAUUUUAUAACACCAUACCAUACCAUAGAAAAAUAAAUAAUUUUGUGUAAAAAAUGUUAACAAGAUUCAGGAAAAAAUGUUUCACAGGUAGCAUUAAGUAAUGAUUGAGAGACUGUAGAUGGAAAAGUUCUUGUGAAAUAAGGAUAAGUACUUAUGAAAAUCAAGAAAAAAAAGAUUGUUACUUAUGCCUGGCUUAGAGGAGUUAAAAGCAAAGGUUGAAUAGUAUAAGAAAAUUGAUGAAAGAUGCUGAGAGUUCCGAAGAAAAUGAAGUGGGAAAAAGCACCAGGGUUAGCUAUGAUUGUAUUAAGGUUGCUCAAGAAAAGAAAGUAAUCUGUUUUGAAGAGACAGAUGUCUUAAAGGCAUUGUAAGCCCCCCCCCCACAUACACACACACACACACACACACACACACACACACACACACACAGGAGAUACUAUGAGAUUACUCCCCUCCUGUAAACCACAACUUGGUAAAUACACACACACACACACACACACACACCAGAUAUAACAGAGAAGAGGGUUGCUAAGCACCUGCUCCUAUUGCAUUAAGUUCAUAAUUCUGAGUUAACAUCCAUUCCUGCUCUCUGCUAUGUCAACCAAGAUUUCAACUUCAAAAGAGACCAUCCCUAAUAGUUCUGCUUGACUAAGGAUCCAAACCUUGUCUUCAGUUCUAAGCUAAAUGUGUUAUUUCCUCACUACCAGGCCACAAGCAGAAAUAUAGAAAAAAUGUAUAUUGCGAUUUUACUCUCACAUGGAUGACACCCAAGAAAGGAAGAACGACUCUCUCUCUCUCUCUCUCUCUCUCUCUCUCUCUCUCUCUCUCUCUCUCUCUCUCUCUCUCUCUCUGAAAAUUGAGUUGCUUUCAUAAGACACCACCUUUAAGAUUUUUUUUUCUAACUCUAGCUUGCACUGUCUUGGCAGCAGCAGAGUGCAGUAGGUUAAGUUUUUUAUUAUUUUUCCUUGCCAGAGAACUAUUUUUGUAUUUACUCAAAGCAGUAUUUAAAAAUAUUUAUUUACACUCAUGAAGGCAUUUUCAUAUGAUAUGUAACAUUGUUUUAUUGUGAUUUUACUAUUAUGCAGAUAGGACUGUGAGGAGUGAAAGCUGCCAGUGGAUAUGUAUUAUAUUGUUACAAUUUGUUGUGCCACAUGCACUGCGGGCAGCUGACUUUGUCACAAAACACUUUUGUACAAAAUUGUGAUUUCUUUUUAAUAAGUUUUACAUGUUAUUUUCUUGCAGCUAUAUGGCAAAAUUUUUACCUGGUGGGAUAUUUCAGGAAGGAUUUAUUUUGUCAAUUAUUUGCUAAGUUAUGGGAAGUUUGUUUCAUAAUACUCAGUCAGUACUGAUUAACUUUAUGAUAAAUGUACCUGACAACACCUUUGAAUAUUUGGGUCAAUGGACUGAAGAAAGUGAAAUUAGGAUGGUGUUGUAAUUGACUUAUAAAUUCUGUUGGUGCUGGGCUGUGGUGGCUCUGGUAUGUGUACCACUGUAGGUGUGGCAUGCAAGACUACCAGUACAAAACCUGCCUAAAGAUGUUGGCUUCUGGCAUGUAAUUCAUUGCCUGACUUUAUAUUAUUUAUCCUUUUGAACACCACAUUUCCCAGACCUUUGUCUUGGGUGGUGUCCUCUAGAGCCUGCUAGUAAACACUUGCUCUGAAGCAUCAUCUAAUGAUACUGAUUUGCAAAGUUUUUUUUCAGUGUUCUUAAUAGCAUUAUAUAUUGAUUAUUAGUUUGCUCCUUACGAUGCUUAAAUUGAAAACAAUGGAAUAAUUUCUUAGCAUAUUCAUGUAUGGUAAAGAUUUUAUGCUGCUAACUUGAUCUUUUUUAUUUAUCUUUCUUAUAUCUAACGCUUAUUGGCUCCCCUUAUUGUAAGGUCAAUAAUCUCAAGUCUGGCAUGUCAGAACUGAAGUUCAUCACCCAUUCAUCAAGCCAUGGCUCGCUCUCUUUUCUGCUUGCAAUAUCUUAAGUUGGAAGAAAUUCUAAGAUUUUUUUCCCCUCAAAAAAAUCUAUUGUACCUUGGCAAAGAUGUAAUAGGCAAUGACAUUCACAUCUUUUGUAUCACUGCCUUUCAGCAUAUUAAUAUGGCAAAGUCUGUCACACUUCUCUGCCAGAAGGGCAGAGGCCUUUGAUGGGCUUCUGCAGUCCAAGUCAUUACCUAUGAAUUAAAUAUCUCUUUUAAUCAAAAUGUGAAACAAAUAUUCAAACCCAAUUAGCAUAUAAGAAAUAAAAAAAACUUACUAUAAACAAGUUUGUGUCUUAGCUGGUGGAGGGAGAGCUUGUCAUCUGAAUGCAUUCUCUCUCUCUCUCUCUCUCUCUCUCUCUCUCUCUCUCUCUCUCUCUCUCUCUCUCUCUCUCUCUCUCUCUCUCUCUCUCUC